GGCGCGGCGCGUAGCUGGGGACGCCAGGCCACAGGCUCUUGCUAGGGAACCGACUGUUGUCGCCCCGCCCCGCCGGGCCCGCCGGGCUUUCUUCCCGUUAACUGUUGCGGCGGCGGGGCCGCCUGCGCCGGGGACAUGCCGGUGCGCUUCAGGGGGCUGAGUGAAUACCAGAGGAACUUUCUGUGGAAAAAGUCUUACUUGUCCGAGUCCUGUAAUCCCUCAGUGGGGAGAAAAUACCCGUGGGCUGGACUUAGAUCAGAUCAGUUAGGGAUCACAAAAGAGCCAGGUUUCAUUUCAAAGAGAAGAGUCCCUUACCAUGACGCACAGAUUUCAAAAUCUCUCAAGUGGAAUGGACCUCUCUCAGAGAAUGGUGUGGUCAUAUCACCAGAACCCGAAGCCCCAGAAACACCAAAAUCAGAGGCACAACAAGAAGAAGAUGUUCACCAAGGAAAGGUUCUUUCACUAGAGGCCUCCAGGGUUCCCGAGAGAAGCAGAUCUCAUUCUGCAGACUCCAGAGCUGCAGGGGCUUCAGGUGCUGUGGAAAAGAAAGAGGAUGUAGCGACAGACCACACACUGGUGAAUGAAACUGUGGAACAGGAACAUUCUACCAACCUGCUUUCAGAGACUGUGGAUAACGGGUUGGACAGAGCUCUGCGUAAGAAAGCUGGACUGACUGUUGUCCCUGCACAUAGUGCCCUGAGAAAUUCUGAGUAUCAGAGGCAGUUCGUCUGGAAGACUUGUAAAGAAACAGCUCCCGGGGUUGCAGCCAAUCAGGUUUUCCACAAUAAAAGCAAAUUUGUUCCACAAUUCAAAGGUAACCCAAUCAUCCAUGAAACGGAGUACAAAAGGAAUUUCAAGGGUUUAUCUCCAGUGAAGGAACCAAAAUUGAGAAGGGAUUUGAAAGAAAACGGAAGUCUUGAAACACUACCUCCUGAGAAGUGUAAUAAAAUGGAUGAUCCUUUAAAAUUAGAAGCAGAGCUGGCACCAAAAGACUCAGACCAGCCUAAAAAGAAGCUCACUGCUUGGAGACAUCAAAGGCUUGGGAAGGUGAAUUCUGAAUACAAAGCAAAAUUUCUGAGCCCUGCUCAGUAUUUAUUUAAAGCUGGGUCUUGGACACGUGUGAAGGAACCCAUGCCAAAUCAGGCUUCCCUAAGUGCCAUGUGGUAUGCAGAGGUUAAAGAACUGCGAGAAAAGGCUGAGUUUUACAGAAAACGAGUUCAGGGAACACAUUUCUCUCGGGACCACCUGAAUCAAAUUUUGUCAGACAAGAACUGUUGUUGGGAUGUUUCUUCAACCACUAGCUCAGAAAGAAGCAUUAGUAGCAACAUCAAAGCGCUGGAUCUUGCUGGGGAUCCCACAAGCCAUAAGACUUUGCAGAAAUGCCCUCCUCCAAAAUUAGAAGAAAAAAGAGAUACUUUGGAAGUACAGCCCCAGAAGGGCACUGCGGAGACGCUGGGUGUGUCGGAGACUCCCGCCCUGCCUGUUAGGAGGCGGCUGGCGUGGGAUGCAGAGGACACCAGUGAAGACCUGCAGAAGCAGCACAGAGCGGAGAGAGAGGAGGAGGAGGAGGGAAGAGCAGGGAACGAGCAGGUGCAUGCGGGCGAGCUGGAGGAACGGGACACACGCGGGAACUCCCAGGCAGACGAGACAACAGAAGGGUCAGAGUCUUCUGCACCCUCGGGGAAAGGAGGCAGGCUUCCUACUCCGAAGCUGAGAGAGCUGGGCGGAGUCCAGAGGACUCACCACGACCUCACCACCCCCGCCGUCGGCGGAGCUGUGUUAGUGUCCCCAUCAAAGGUGAAGCCUGCAGUCUCAGAGCGGAGGAGAAAAACGUCCUCUCAGGAUGGCACAGGCACUCCGAAGAAUUCCACGAAGAAAGGAAGUCGUGCUGUAUCGCUACUCACUUCUCCUGCUGCUGGUAUAAAAACAGUUGAUCCUCUGCCUUUGAGGGAGGACUCUGAAGGCAAUAUCCCCAGAUUUAUUGAGACAACUCUUCCGGUUUCAAGAAUCCCAGAAUAUCCAACAAAUCCCCAGGGAGAGCCGCCUUCUCCGCUGUGUACCCCGCCAUUCUGGCACCCUUCUCGUCGGAUUCAGGGAUCUCUGAGAGAUCCAGAAUUUCAGCAUAAUGUGGGAAAAGCAAGGAUGAACAAUUUCCAGUUACCUCAGCGUGAAGCCUUUAACAAUGAAGAUGAGGACAGAUUGUCUGAGAUUUCUGCUCGCUCUGCAGCUUCUAGUGUCCGCGCUUUUCAAACUCUGACACGGGCUCAGAAAAGGAAGGAGAAUUUCUGGGGCAAAAUGUAAACCUACUUGGGUUUGUUUUUUUAUGCACAGAACCAUUGGCAUAAUUUUUCGUUAUUGAUCACUGUGUUAAGAGUUCUGGAUUGUCUGAAUCUUCUGGUAUUUCUAACUGAAAUUAUUUGAUUUUUUUCAGUAGUUCAUUUUACUUGGAAAAUCUUAACCUAGGCUUGUACAAAUUUAACUUUAAAAAAUUCUUUUAUAUCUAUCCCAAAGUACAAAGACAUAGAUUAUGUAUUUCCGCAUGUUUUUCUUCUCUAUUACGGGUCAGCGAUAGCUGGUAGAAUUGUGAAUUUCUCCCAUCCUGAGAAUAUUCUAAGGAGAAGAAGUGAAGUAAAAUUAAGAUCCAAAUGUGGAGUGUCCUCUGAGAUUGGUUCUUUCUAUCUUUAUAGAUGUCAUACAAUGAAUUUGUUGUUCGUUUACCUUUUGCUUUAGUGUUUAUUUUUGUACCUUCUUUAUAUGGAUGCAGCAUUAUUUAAGAUGAUUGUACUUUGAAAUUACCAGCUGUAUAUAUUUUUCUUAUUUAUGUAACACAGUUGGGUGAGAGACUAUAUAUAUUUUUGAUCUUUGUGUGUAUUCUAUUUGUAUAACUUUGGGUUACAUUUGAAUAAUGUCUCAAUUUUGAAAAAUUAUUUGUAUAAUGGAGAACUAAAACUUUGUAGAUGUUUUGAAAUAAAAAUUGUUUAAGUGUGUCUUCUCCAGAAGAUUAUUAUAUAGAGCAGUUAUCUUUUAGAAGCAUUCUACUGAGGGCAGGUUAAUCAAAAGUUAUAAGUCUGUUACAGCUGUCAAAAUGCAAUGCAGCUAAAUCUACAACUAUUUAUGUAAAUGUAGGACAAAUAUGGAAUUUUUAAAGCAGGCUCAUUUUUAAAAAUCUAACACAAACUUUGAUGGUAUUCACUCAUAGGAUAUUCCAUUGUCUUACUCUAUUUUACAAAUCACAAAUUUAUUUCUAAAAAUAAAGAUCUUUAUAAAACAUAAGAUUUUUACAAUCAUACAUAAAAAGUACUGAAGAUAAAAUAUACAGAAUAUUAAUGCUGCUAAAGUGCUUAAAUUGGUCAAAAGUGCUUUUGUGAAUCAUUGGUUCACAGUAAGUUUGUUAAAGAUCUCAUGUGAGGUUGUAAAGAAUUAUAGGCAUCCAAAUACUUGCUUAUAUUCCACUGAAUUUUUAAAAUAGUGUGUUGAUAGAGAAACUUACUGAUACAUUAAACAUGGAAAUAAAAGUUUAAUUAUGAAAUGACUGCAUUUUAGAACAUACAUUGUCUUCUAGACAAGUGUGUUCUGAGGUAUAUUGGUUGUAAAAUAAUUUCAGAAUUUAACUGUCCCUUGUAGAAGCUUAAAAAUAGUCAUCACUUUCUCCCUUUUAAGAAGCUGGCUAGUUUAGUUGACUCAGACAGUUUUCAGUGACCAGCUGUCUGUAGUAAAGAAGUUGUAGCAAACGUUCAGGGACUUACGCAUUAACUCACAUGUAUGUUACCUGCAGUGCAGACUAUCUGGAUGUGCCUGUUACAGUGAAUCACACAUGGAGUUGAUCUACCAGGUGUCAGCUAGACUAGGGUAUGGUUUUCGUGAGGCACGGUCCUGAUCCUACUGGCUUUCUUGUCUGAUGAUUUAAUUCUGCAGUAUGCCGUAGACUACCUCUAUCUUAAACACUCCAUGGUGCAGGGGGAAAAUAGUUUGAGGAACCCUCACUGUUUGUGCACUUGUACUAGCAGAGUAAUUCAAAGGACAUGGAUUUGAGCUGAGGGCUCAGUAGUCUUAGAAGCAUAGAACUGCCUCAGGAGAUUUGAUGGUGCUGAGGAGCUGCGAUUGCUAAUCCAAUUUUUACCAUGUUACUAAGGGAUGCUUUUAUGUAGAGUUGACUGGAAAUGUUAGAUACUAUAGCUCAGUGAGUUUGGACAGAUGUAUACAUCUGUGAAGCUACGACCGCAAUCAAGAUACGCUUCCGGCACCUCUGAAAGUGUUGACAUUUUCUUUGCAAUCAAUCUUUUCAUCCUUAUUCCCUAAGGCAGCUGUUAAUUUGCUUUCUGUCAGAAAUGUUCAUUUGGGAAAGUGUUAUAAAAAUGGAGUCAUCCCCGAUGCCUUGCUUUUGCUUAGUGUAUUUUUGAGAGUCUUUUGUGGUUUGGCAUGCCUGUUCUCAUUUGUUCAUCCCACCGGUGGACUUCGUGUUAUUUGCAGUUCGAGACUGACAUGAAUAAAGCUGCUGUUCCUA